AUGCUGAAGGCGGUCUUCUACGCCCGCUUCCACCCCGAGCGAGGACCAUCUGUCAUCCACCAGUAUCCUGAGACCGCGAUCAAUGUAUCGACGACGGAGAAGAAGAGCUCGCUGUUGGACUUUUCGAACAUCUCCUCCUAUGUCAUCCCGGUCUACGAGCUGUGCAACAAGCCACUGGCCAUUUGCACGAAUGGCUACCGCGUGCUUGGCUUUCCCGUGAGCCUCGAGGAUGAAAAGUACGAGCGCAACCGCUUCACCUACAACGUCUGCUUCAUUUUGGACGAAAGUGCCGACCCGAAGCCGUGGGAAAGAAUUGUGUCGAAGACUGCCGCUUUCUUUACGGAUCUGGAGGCAACGGAAGGCUUGCUGCAGACCGAGGAGCGGCUCGGUGGUCUGAAGUGGGCGGGCGACGAAUGCUACCCUGCAGAUGUCGGGGUCCUGUACUCGCUACUGGAAACCGUCUUCUUCGAGCUCAACACGUACGGCGAAACAUGCGUAAUGGUCACUGAUCUCCACGUGCUGAACUUACGACUGGCGUCACCGGCACCACCCCACCGCGACGUCAGGCAUUGGGAUGUACCUCUACUCAUUCGAGCCUUGCCGAACGGCGACGAUUGGACAUAUGACCUCGCACUUCGCCAGAUCAACCCACACAUCAAUGGUGUGAAUCACGUCCAGAAGGUUUCGGAGCUAGCUGACGUUGACAUCGACCUCAUCAUCAAGACCAUCCGAGGACUGCUAAGCCACGGUCGAAUCAUGCUGCUAGACAUCUUUCACUUUCACGCUAUCUAUGCACUGACGGCAGACUUCGCUUCUUUUGUGAAGGAUGAUGCACUGCAAGAGGAAUGCUUACAUUAUGUGGCAAAGUCGUCGAGCGAACAAUUUCCGUCAGGGUACGAGCUCAUCACUCUCUACCGCAGUCUCAACCCAGGCGUCCCUGUCAAGGACUUCUACCUGGCCCAUGAAUCACGACUGGUCAACAUCGAUGUCAGGCGCUUCAUCACCUUUGGGGUUAUCAAAGGUUUCGUCCGCCGUAUCCACAAAUAUGCCCUAUCCGUGGAGAGUCAGGCCAUAUCAGUUGGAGGAUCACGGACGAGUGGCUCGCCGUCGAAAGCAGUACAUGGUUUAGACGUGGAUGCUGACGACCGCAACCGAGCAUGGAGGAAAGCAGCUUUCUCCUCAGGUUGGGCAACACCACCUCUUGAUCCAAGCGCCGGCGAGAGGGACUCAGGAAAUGCUCACGAUGGAAAUACGCCAGCAGUGGAGGGUGGAACUGCAACACAGAACAGCGCUGAAUUGCUCAAAUAUCUGGACGGCCAGCACUGCAUGGACGAGAUUUGUGUUGCUUUACACAUGAGCGAGAAGCAAGUGAUGGAGAGGCUUCGCGGGACUGAAGUGCUGUAUUUCAACAGGUGA